ACUCCUGACUGACAAUUAUUAUCAUAUUGUUUUGUUGUUAAAUUUUCGUGUCCAAAUCAGUUAUUAAUUAAACUCUGCGACAAUUAGGUAUUUCGGAAUCUUAACAGCUGUUUCAUUUUUUUUAUUUAUAUUAUAAAAAAACCGUAUGUAAAUACAAGUGUAUUUUGUUACAAAAAUUCAAAAUUUUAACUUGCGGUUAGAAUUAAUUACCCUAUUAAUAAAAGAUUUAAAAAAUAGGAAAAAAGUAAGUUUUUCAUUCCUUGUGAAUAUAAUAAUGUUUAAAAAAUAAUAUCAGUAGAAGUGAUAAAAAAAAUAUUUUUAAAACCUAACCUCUUCCACACGAAAUGAAAGUGUCACCCGAUCGUGUCGCGACAUUUGAAGAAAAAAGUAUAUAUAUAAUAUUUAAUAAUUAAUUUAACAAAAAGGAGAAAUAAACAAAAGGAUUAAAAAUGAAGACAAGAUUUAAUACUUAUGAUCUUGUGAGCACCAUCACAGGAUUGCAACCAUUAAUUGGUAUGCGAGUAAAUCAAGUUUACGACAUUGAUAAUCGUACAUAUUUAAUACGUUUACAAAGAAACGAAGAAAAACGUGUACUAUUAAUUGAAUCUGGAAAUAGAUUUCACACGACAGCUUUUGAAUGGCCAAAAAAUGUCGCUCCAUCUGGUUUUUCAAUGAAGAUGAGAAAACAUUUGAAAAAUAAACGAUUAGAAAGUUUAAAGCAAAUUGGCUCCGAUCGAAUAGUCGAUUUUCAAUUUGGAAGCGGAGAAGCUGCUUAUCAUAUUAUUUUGGAAUUGUACGAUCGCGGUAAUAUUAUUCUCACCGAUUACGAGAUGACUAUUUUAAAUGUCCUGAGACCUCACACUGAGGGCGACAAAAUUAGAUUUGCCGUACGCGAAAAAUAUCCCCUCGAUCGUGCGCACAAGGAAAUAAUGCCAUCAAUUCAAGAAAUAAAAAAACGUAUCGAGAGUGCAAAACAAGGUGAACAAUUGAAAAAAAUACUCAAUCUUCUCCUUGAAUUUGGCGCCUCAUUAAUUGAUCAUAUUCUCUUGAGAGCUGGUUUUCAAUCAAAUUGCAAGAUUGGACAAAAUUUUCACAUUGAAAGUGAUUUUGAAAAAUUACACGUGGCACUCGAUGAGGGAAAAUUAAUACUUGAAAAUGCAAUGAAAACAAAUUCAAAAGGUUAUAUUGUACAGAAAAAGGAAUCGAAAAUAAAUACCGAUGGCAAGGAAGAAUCUAUCUAUGCAAACAUUGAAUUUCAUCCAUUGCUAUUUGAACAAAUUAAAAAUCAAAUUUACAAGGAAUUCGAUACAUUUGAUCUUGCUGUCGAUGAAUAUUUCUCAUCGAUGGAGGGACAGAAAUUGGAAUUAAAAGUUUUACAACAAGAGCGUGAGGCACUCAAGAAAUUGGAUAAUGUACGUAAGGAUCAUAAUCAACGAUUAAUAUCGUUGACGAAAGUACAGGAUGUGGAUAAACAAAAAGCCGAAUUAAUUGCCAGAAAUCAAGAAUUAGUGGACGCUGCAAUUGUCGCUGUACAAAGUUUAUUGGCGCAUCAAUUUUCAUGGCCGGAUAUUGAGGCAUUGGUAAAGGAAGCGCAGGAUCGAAAUGAUCCAAUUGCACAACAUAUAAAACAAUUGAAAUUAGAAACUAAUCAUAUAUCAUUAUUGUUAACGGAUCCAUAUCACGAGGAUAAUAAUGACGACGGCGAUGAUGAUGGUGAUGAUGAUGAUAAUGAACCCGAAUUAAAAUCAAUGAUUGUUGAUAUUAAUUUGGCGCACAGCGCAUUUUCAAAUGCAACGAAAUAUUACGAUUUAAAGCGUCAUGCCGCUAAAAAGCAGCAAAAAACAAUUGAAUCACAGGGCAAGGCAUUGAAAUCGGCGGAGAGAAAAACAAUGCAAACAUUAAAGGAGGUUCAAACAAUUCACAGUAUCAAUAAAUUACGUAAAGUUUAUUGGUUCGAGAAAUUCUAUUGGUUCAUAUCGUCGGAAAAUUAUUUAGUGAUUGGCGGAAGAGAUCAACAGCAAAAUGAAUUAAUUGUAAAACGUUAUUUACGCGCUGGCGACAUUUAUGUUCAUGCUGAUUUAACCGGCGCGAGUUCAGUGGUAAUUAAAAAUCCAAGCGGAGCUCCAGUGCCACCGAAAACUCUCGCUGAAGCCGGAACAAUGGCUGUGACUUACAGUAUUGCAUGGGAGGCGAAAGUGGUUGCUGGUGCUUGGUGGGUAAACAAUGAUCAAGUAUCAAAAACUGCGCCAACUGGAGAAUAUUUAACGACCGGUUCGUUCAUGAUUCGUGGCAAAAAAAAUUACCUCCCCCCCUGUCAAUUGGUCAUGGGCUUGGGAUUUAUGUUCCGUCUCGAGGAAAGUUCAAUAGAACGUCAUAAAGGCGAAAGAAGAGUUCGAACAUUAGACGACGAGAAUGAUGAAAGUUUCGUUGAAACGGAAAAAGAAAUCGAAAUCGAAGAGGGAGAAGGAGAAGACGAAGAAGAUAAUUUAGAGCAGGAGAAAUUGAAUCCAAUUCAGGAACUAAAUGAACUGGAAAACACUCAAGAAGAAAAAGUAGAGGAAAAAAAUGACGAAAGCAGUGACGAUGAAGAAAACAAGUCACUUUUUCCAGAUACACAGAUUAAAAUCGAUCUCUCCGGAAGCAAAAUGCAUCUGCGAGUCGAUAACGCGAAACCCUUGACGAAUCAAGAAAACAAAGAAGUAAAGGAAGAGGAGAAACUUGAAAAAAUCACGCAAAAGAAGGAGAAGGUAAAUUCGCAGAAUAGAUCACAACAAAAGGCCGAAAACGAGGAGGAAAAGGAAAAACCAAAACCACAAGCAUUGAAGCGAGGGCAAAAAGGGAAAUUGAAGAAAAUUAAAGAAAAGUACAAGGAUCAAGACGAAGAAGACCGUCGACUAUUAAUGGCAGCCUUGCAGUCGGCGGGAGCAGCGAAGGAAGAUAAAAGGAAAAAUCGCCAGAAAGAUCCCUCGGGACCAAAGCAACAAAAGAAGAAAAAUGUUCCGCCAAAAAGAAAACCAAUCGAGCAAAAUGUCGAAAUUGGCGAAAAUAAUAUUGAAGAGGAAGAUUUGGGACCGGCUCCGGAAAUCGAUAUGUUGGAUCAAUUAACCGGAAAACCAGUCGAAGAAGAUGAAUUACUCUUUGCUGUACCAAUAAUUGCACCUUAUAAUACUUUAACUAAUUACAAAUUUAAAGUGAAAUUAACGCCAGGCACGGGAAAAAGGGGAAAGGCGGCGAAAACUGCUGUCGCUGUAUUUUUGAAGGACAAACUAAUAACAUCACGCGAGAAGGAUUUAAUAAAAUCAGUGAAAGACGAAUCCAUCGCGAGAAACAUUCCCGGUAAAGUGAAAAUUAGUGCUCCACAAAUUCAAAAGGUGAAAAAAUAAUUUUUCCCCCUCUAUUUUCAAAGAGAGAAAAAGAUAUUUUAAUUCACAACGUGUAGAAAUUUAUGUAAAGUUUACAUUGUUUAAAAAAAAUAAAGUUUUUUGUAAAUAUUAAAUUGAAAA